UGUGGCUGCUGUGGUCCACUGAGGCCCAGGUACAAACGCCUGGUGGACAACAUCUUCCCCGAGGACCCCAAAGGUGGCCUCAGUAAAUCCGACAUGGAGAAGCUGACCUUCUACGCCGUGUCAGCUCCAGAGAAACUGGACAGGAUCGGAGCUUAUCUCGCCGAGAGACUGAGCAGAGACGUCGUACGACAUCGAUAUGGGUACGUGGUCAUCGCCAUGGAGGCUCUGGACCAGCUGCUGAUGGCCUGUCACUCUCAGAGCAUCAAACCCUUCGUGGAGAGUUUCCUGCACAUGGUGGCCAAACUGCUGGAGUCCAGAGAACCUGACCUGCAGGUCCUCGGCACCAACUCGUUUGUGAAGUUUGCAAACAUCGAGGAGGACACGCCCUCCUACCACCGACGCUACGACUUCUUUGUGUCUCAGUUCAGUGCCAUGUGUCACUCCACCCACGAAGAUCCUGAGACCAGAACCAGGAUCCGUGUUGCAGGGAUUAAAGGUCUUCAAGGUGUGGUUAGGAAGACAGUGAACGACGAGCUUCAGGCGAUCAUUUGGGAGCCUCAGCACAUGGACAAACUCAUCCCGUCCAUGCUCUUCAACAUGCAGUACAUGGAUGACCUGGACAGGGCGGGGCAUCCCAGCACGCCAUCGGGGGUGGGUGAGGACGGCGAGGAGAACCCGGCAACGCUGGCUGAGUGCUGCUUCAGAGAACUUCUGGGCAGAGCGGCAUAUGGCAACAUGAACAACGCCGUGCGACCCGUGUUAGUUCACCUGGACAAUCAUCACCUGUGGGACCCAAACGAAUUUGCAGUUUCCUGCUUCAGGAUCAUCAUGUACUCCAUACAGGCCCAGCACUCCCACCACGUCAUCCAGCAGGUUCUCAAUCACCUGGACAACCACAAAAAGACCAUGCCGCGGGUCAGAGCCGGCAUCGUCCAGGUUCUGCUGGAGACGGUGGCCAUCGCCGCCAAAGGCUCCGUGGGACCCACUGUGCUCGAGGUCUUCAACACUCUGCUCAAACACCUAAGGAUGAGCGUGGACUUUGAGCUAGGCGAUGGCUCCAGGAGAAACUCCAGCACCAGCGCGUCCUCGACCCGUGGCAAAGAGAACGAGGAGCGGAUCGUCCAGAACGCCAUCAUCCAGACCAUCGGAUUCUUUGGUGGGAACCUGCCUGAUUACCAGCGAGCUGAGGUCAUGAUGUUCAUCAUGGGUAAAGUUCCCGUGUACGGGACACCCUGCCACACGCUGGACAGCGUCAAGAUCGGACAUCAGGGCACCAAGAGGGUCCAGACCAUGCUGCUCAGCUCCCUCAUCAUGGUGACGUCCGGCUACAAGUCCAAGUCCAUGGCGGCGGCGUUGCCUCCUCCCUUCCUGGACCCGCUCUUCUCCAUCUCUCUGAUGGAGGACAGCGAGCUGAGGCAGCUGGUGCUGGAGAUCCUGCACAACAUCAUCGAUCGCCAUGACAACCGUGCCAAGCUGCGAGGCAUCAGGAUUAUUCCAAAUGUUGCCUCGUUGAAGAUUAAGCGAGAGAAGAUUUCCAAACAGGAUGUGGCGUUCAUGAAGAAGCACGGUCAGCAGCUCUACCGUCACAUCUACCUGGGCUGUAAAGAAGAAGAUAACGUCCAUAAGAACUUUGAGCUGCUCUUCACCACUCUGGCCAUCCUGACCAUCGAGCUUGCCAAUGAGGAGGUGGUCAUCGACCUCAUCAGACUCUCCAUCGCCCUGCAGGACAUGGCUCUGGCUAACGACGAGAACAUGCCUAUGUUUAUCCGCUGCGGCGUCAUGGCGCUGGUGGCAGCAUAUCUCAACUUCCUGAGUCAGAUGGUUGCAAACCCGCCGUUCUGUCAACACGUCAGCAAGGUGAUCGAGCUGAGGAACAUGGACGCUCCAUACCUGCUGCCAGAACACGUCUUCAGAGACAAGUGUCCUCUCCCAGAGUCUCUAGACAAAGACGAGCGACUGCUUUACUUCCAGAUGUUGGACAUGUCCGAGUGUCUCUCAGGACCAGGAUAUAACACAGAGAGACUGUCUGUCCCUUAUGUCCCUCAGGUCACAGUUGUUUACACAGUAGGAAAAAUCCUGCACAGGUGCAUGCAGACGUCCAGAGAUCGUUUGACCCGGAGGAAGAGUUACGUGGACACCAUCUCCCUGCAGGUAGACAUCAUGUCCAACAACCUUCCAGACAAGACGCAACUCGCUGAGGAGAUCACAUUUGAGACACUGAAGAAGGCCAUUGAUACGACGGGUCUGGAGGAGCAGGAGAGAGAGAAGAGACGUCAGGUGAUGGAGAAGUUCCAGAAAGCUCCAUUCGAAGAGAUCGCAGCUCACUGCGAGUCCAAGGCGAACAUGUUGCACGACCGCCUCGCUCAGAUCUUUGAACUAACAAUUCGGCCGCCACCCAGUCCAUCCGGAGUCACCUCCAUCUCAGCGGGACACACCCAGCACCAGUCUGUCCCCAUCUACGAAAUGAAAUUUCCGGAUCUGUGCGUCUACUGAACAACAACAACCACAGUGAAAACAGCUGAAACGUAAAAAUGCAAAAAUUCAGAUCCUGAAUAAAGAUUUCUCUGAGCUU